GAUAAUAAAAUAUUAUUUAAUUAUUUAUCGACAUCUCUCUCUAAGUUAGUAUUUAAAAAAAACACAUUACCCAACCAGAGUUUUAUCUGCCGCCAUAUUAACACGUCCUUCAGAAAUCUCAAACCAGAGACUCAAAAACAGAGUAAACAUGUCUGUUAACGGACGAUUCCCGGCGAGUCCGCCGGUUUCUUUAUCUCCGGCGUCUUCCUCUUCCCCGAGUUCUCACUCCCAGUCUCCCCCUGACCUGAAGCAACGAGUCAUCGCUUGCCUCAACAAGCUCGCCGACCGCGACACCUUAUCUCUCGCCGCGGCGGAGCUCGACUCCAUCGCCAGAAACCUCACUCACGACUCCUUCGCUUCUUUCCUCAACUGCAUCCACAACACCGACUCCUCAUCUAAAUCUCCGGUGAGAAAACACUCCGUCGCCGUCUUGUCGCUCAUGUCUCGCCACCACGGCGAGUCUCUCUCUCCUCACCUCUCCAAGAUGGUCUCCACCGUCAUCCGCCGUCUCAGAGACCCCGACUCCUCCGUUCGCUCCGCCUGCGCCGCCGCUACCGCCGACAUAUCCGCUCACGUCACGACGCAGCUGUUCGCCUCCGUCGCGAAACCGCUUAUAGAGACGCUGAUCCAAGAAGGCGACUCGAACGUGCAGACCGGAGCGGCGGUGUGCUUGGCGGCGUCGGUGGAAGCCGCGACGGACCCUGAACCGGAGCAGUUGAGGAAGUCUCUCCCGAAGAUCGGGAAGCUGCUAAAGAGCGAGGCUUUCAAGGCGAAGGCGGCGCUUUUAAGCGCCGUGGGUAGUAUCAUCACCGCCGGUGGCGCUGGAAGUAAACCGGUUUUGGAUUGGUUAGUUCCGGUUUUGGUUGAGUUUCUGAGCAGCGAAGAUUGGGCGGCGAGGAAAGCCGCGGCGGAGGGGUUGAGUAGAGUCUCGGCGGCGGAGGAGGAGUUGGCGUGGGAAUACAAGAAAGCUUGCACGGCGGCUCUGGAGAGCAGAAGGUUUGAUAAGGUGAAGAGUGUGAGAGAGACUAUGAACAGAGCGUUGAGUCAGUGGAAAGAAGUGGCCAAUGAUGUAGACGAAGCCUUGUUGUCUCCAUGUACAUCUUCCAACAUUGACGUUGGUUUCAAGUCUUCAAGAUUAAAGAAGUCAACGCCUAUGAUCAAGAGGUCAACGCAUAGAUCAUAUGUAGCAACUAGACAACAAAAAGAGAAUCUUCCAAGAAGGAAUGUGACCGUGUCAGUAGCUUCUAGGGAGGAGGAGAAGGUGAAGUCAGGGGGAGCAGAUACAAUAAUCAAACAUACAAUCUCUGAGAAAAGCAAGGAAGAUAAGAAAGUGCAUGUCUUUGGUUGUGGUUUGAGGUCUGGCUCUAGGGUGGCACCAUGCAGUGAGGAUGGUGAUGAUUCUUGUGAUUCUGUUGUCAAGAAUGGUAAAGAUGGUGUUGAUGAGAUCAGAAAAGAUAGUGAGGAACUCUCUUUGAUACGUGAGCAGCUUGCUAUGAUUGAGAACCAGCAGUCCAGUCUCUUAGAGCUACUUCAGAAAUUUAUGGGAAGCUCACAGAGUGGGAUCCAGUCUCUGGAGUCUCGAGUAAGCGGUCUAGAGAUGGCUUUGGAUGAAAUAUCAUGCGAUCUUGCGGUUUCAAACGGGAGAGUACCUAAGACUAGUAGCUGUGGAGGGGAGAGUUGUUCAAAACUACCUGGUGCAGAGUUUUUAAGUCACAAGUACUGGAGAAAAGCAGAGGAGAGACCAAUGCAAACCAGAAGCACAGCCAGUGAAACGGCUGCGCAUGAGAACAGUUUGGACCAGGGGAUGCAAAAGAGAGGUUCUGUUUUUCAAAAGAGUUCAGGAAGAAACCAGUUUCAAGACUCUAUGCAUACAACACUACAGAAACCAACAACCAGGGGAAGAGAGUGAUGCGGAGAUUGAAGUAAAAUAGAAGCUGACCAGACUGACACAGACGGUGACAAUGAAAAAUCCAAAUCUCAUAUUCGAUGCUUUGCUUCAACCGCAUGUUUGACUUGUCUACUCUCACACACGUCAUAGUAAGCUUUCUCUUGUAAAAAAGAAGAAGAAAUAAUCUAAUAAUUUAAUCAGCGAGUGAAUCAAUAGAGCUUCAAGGAUUAAAUGCAUGUGAAUAAAAAUGAUUUUUAUUGUAAUGUGUCAUUACUCAUUAGAGUUAUCUCAAAACCAUGGACAGAGAGAA